GCUUGUCACGAAAAAUAUUGUCUUGAUACCGUUCCGAGUCAACAUCUGAAUUUAAAUAUUUGACAUUUUGCUCCGCAGUACAGUUUUAUAGAAGGUGUGCUCCUUAUUGAAAGAGGAAAAACUUGCAUAAACUCGUAGAUAUUUCAGGGCAAUCAGGGGUCGAUUUGUUUUAUAUUUUAGAGUUGUUGUUCUCCGUGCUGUUCUUAUACGAAUCUCAACUACCUAAGACCAUGGGGUCAUUUUGCUUCGUUUUACAUGUUUUAGUUCUCACCAUCACGACCGUGUUCAUAAUGUUGGCACGGAUUAAGGUUACCGGUGCCCAAACCACGAACAGUGACUAUAAUUCCACAGAUUCCAAAAAUGACUCGUCUCUCACAUCAAGACCGACAAUGGUGGCAACGACAUCAACAACACUGACGUAUACGAUAGACACCACAUAUUCUUCUACAGAUUCCACAACCAACCCGUCUUUCACAUCAAGAACGGCAAACGUGGCAACAGUGUCUACGACAAAAUACGGGUCAUCCUUUACAGAUGCCAUACUUUACACAACCAAUACGCCGUCUUCCACGACUCCCACGAGUACUUUGACUGAGUUCACCAUAGACAAUGCAACUGCAUCGCCAAUGACCAGGCCGACGAUUGUGCCACCCUCCACGCCUAGUACGACGACCACCACGGCGAUUACUAAUGGAACUUCACAGACCAACCUGACGACAACCUUUUCCGCAAACAUGACGACGAGCAGCUCUACUGAAAUCUCUCGACGAACACCCACAGUAGCUCCGAUGACUACCACCAUCACGUCACCUAUAUCAAGUGAGGCAUACCCUCAGGCCACAGGAUUGAAAGUUGGACUUGGGGUAGUGACACCUAUUCUCGUUAUAUAUGGGAUAGUCGUCACCCUCCUAUACAUGCGACUCAGGAAUGAGUUUGCCGAGUACAAGAAAACGAACAAGACAUCAAAAACUAUUGGACUUCGAGAGGUUAAUUCAAAAGAAAAUAUGAGGUAUGGAACUGACCAUCAAAUCAAACAAGAAUCAAGUGAAGCCUAUCAGAAUCAAAAGAUUGUGAAACAACAGCAGCACUUGACUUCUAAGAAUCAAAAGCGAUUUAUUGAUGACAAUGAAGAGUAUUCAUAUGCGAUUGAACACUAUCCAUAAUGUCCGUAGCCAUGGUAGCUGACGUCUGAUUUCAAGUCAUCCGAUUGGCGAGUUUCGCUCGGCGAUGAGGGCUUCUGUCAAGCCCGUUAGCAUUGUUCCCAUUUCGUUAUAUCAAUUAUACAUUUUUUUCAAUACCAAGAAGUACAAUCCUUGAUAUAAAAUAUUGUAUUUUUUUAUUCAGAUUCAGAUAUUUAUAUUGUCCUUAAUGCAAUCAAGUACAAAUGGAAAUUUAACUUGUUCGCAAAAAAUAAUUUGGAAUGUUCUGAUACAAAUAUGAACAUAAACAUUAUAC